ACAAAAACUCUCAAAUCGCUGACAAGCUACUUAAUAACAGUAGAAUAUAACUCAAUGAUAAUAAAACUACUUUCCCUCUCCUUCUAAUACUCCCUCAGUUGGAGUUUGCUUUUUAGUGGAUGUGAAGGGUUGUCAAGACAGAAUUCCAAAAACAGAACCAAUCCGAUUACCCAAACACAAGCCAAAGAAUCAACCAAGGCUAUGUCGAUGUUGAACAGAGCCAAGUCAAAUCACGCGCCAAAGCUCAACUCAUGAUAAAGGCCACAUUGGUGCCAUCUGGAACGUAAGAAGCCUACCACCACCUGGCUGACAUUUGACCGAGUGACGUGAUCUGGCUCCGCAUGACAAUAUACUGAUAGUAACAGUGGUUAUUAGUGUUUUAGAUCAUUUCGAUCGCGUAUUGAUGAAUGAAUAUUAGCAAAAUGACGGAAGAUGAGUCGAUGUUUGAUCCUAAAUUGAUAAAAAAGAAAAAAAAGAAGAGUGGGUUUGAUUUAGAUGCAGCUAUUGCAGAAGGCAGUCAUACUACAAAUGAAACUGCAGACAAUGAUAAGGAAAACAUAGAAGUUGAUGCAACUCCUGCUGAUGAUGAUGAAGCUUUAGAUUUAGAAAAUUUUGGAAAAAAGAAGAAAAAGAAGAAAAAGUUCAUUUUAGAAGAACUUGAUGCAGUCCUUCCUGAUAAAAUUCUAGAAGUAACAGAGUCACAGACUGAAGAACCACAAGUUGAAGACUUAAACUUAACUCUUGACUUUACAAUGGGACUAAAAAAGAAAAAGAAAAAAAAAAAGGAUCUUGAUGAGCUGAUGUCAGAAGAAAGGAAGGAAACUGAAGCGAAUGAAAAUGGCUGCACUGAGUCUCAAAGAAGUGUAGUUUAUGAGGAAUCUAGUCAGUGGGUUGGCUCUGAUAGAGAUUAUACAUAUGAUGAACUACUUGACAGAGUAUUUAAUAUCAUGAAGGAGAAGAAUCCUGAUAUGGUUGCUGGCAAAAAACAAAAGUUUGUGAUGAGACCUCCUCAAGUCGUUCGAAUCGGAACCAAAAAGACUUCUUUCUCCAACUUUACCGAGAUUUGCAAAACGCUUCACAGACAACCGAAACAUUUGCUUGACUUCUUACUGGCCGAGUUGGGUACAAGUGGUUCCGUAGACGGUAACAGUCAGCUCAUCAUCAAGGGUAGAUUUCAACAAAAACAGAUUGAGAACGUCCUGAGAAGAUAUAUCAAGGAGUAUGUUACGUGUCAUACAUGUCGCUCUCCCGAUACUAUUUUGCAGAAGGACACAAGGUUGUUCUUCCUACAAUGUGAAACAUGUAGGUCAAGAUGUUCUGUCGCCAGUAUUAAAUCUGGUUUCCAGGCAGUCACAAGCAAACGUGCUGCAAUUCGGGCCAAAACUGCCUAAGGAUAUGUUACAACUAGUACAUACAUUAUUUUGCUUUAUUUAUUUAACAAAAAGACAAGAAAGUGAUUUUAAGAAGCAAAAGAAAAUUGCGGUUCCAAUUUAUACAUUCAUGAUCAAAGACGAUUUCGAUCGCUGCGUUGUUCAUAAUUUUUUUAAUUGCAUAGUGUAACUGUGACUUAACUUAUAGAUAACUGAAAGACACGAAGAAAAUUAUAUUAAGUUUUCGAGAUGCUUUUAUAGUGUUUAAUCAUUUAUCAAUGAAAAAAAGUAAAAAGACAGUAAUGAAAACGAUCGCGAAUUAAUGAAAGUGUUCCUUUAAGUGCUCGUCUAAGUGAUACAUGUAAAAAUAUAUGUAUAUAGUGACGUGUAAACGAAUGAAUGCGUGCACCUGUGGCAGCGUGGAAAAGUAUUUAAAAUAUUGUAUAAAUGAGAAACGGUAAAACGUCAACAUUGUUAUGAUCUAAAUGCAAAACGCAAUUUAAAACUCAUCUCAGGACACACAUGGACUCAUUAACUGAUUGAAAAUAUUCUUGUAGGUAAUUUAUUUAUGUAUAUUACAAUCUAUAUAAAUUAAGAUUACGCGAUCAAUCUGCUAGCCUUAUUUCUUGUUGAUUAUUGUUCUUUGCCCA